GUGUGCUUGCGUGUGCUGGUAGCUCGACCGACCAACUGGGAAGUCUGGCGUGUUUGUUUUCGCCGAGGACGACGAGCUAUCCUUUGCGAUUUGAUACAGGGACAAACAAGAGGAGUGGGCGUCCGGCUAGGAUGAGUAACCGCCUCCGCUCGCUAAGGGUGCUGGUGCCGGUGGGCGCGCUGUCUGCUGCAUAUCUUGCACCCGCGCGAGCCCAGCAGCAGCCCAAGCCCGAUGAGACAACUCUCUCGACAAGGCUUGCAGCGCAACUCGAAGAGUGGCUCGUGCCUUCCGACGGAGCGGAGAGCAUGGGACUCAUGAUCAAGGAUUUGCGGGACGCGGGUAGUGAGGACAUCCAAAUAUCCGCGGAAGAGGGGAAGCGUCUGCCGCUGAACUUCCUCAUGGUCAAAGCCAUGCACGACCGCCAGCUCCUGGCCCGGAGAUCGCGGACGGCGAAAACGUCCGCACGGAACAGGCCCCGGGUGGAUCUUAGCCCCCGAGACCGAAGGACGCUGCGAAAAAGCGCCCACUACGCGCGUUUCGCGGCGGCCUCUUACGACGGCGUGGUCGACACCGUCAAAGAAAUCUUGGCCGAGGGGGAUACUCUGCCGCCCCCCGACCUGUUUGCCAAAAGCAAUGACGACCUCCGAAAGUGGUGCAUAAGCAAGCGCACGGGCGUAGACCCGAGCGACGUGAAGGAGCUAGCCACCAGCGACUCGUUGGAGACGCGAACGCACUUCGUUGCCGUGGACCACGCCUCCCGCUCCGUGGUGAUCAGCAUCCGCGGCACGUACAGCUUCACAGACACCAUGGUGGAUCUUCUGUGCAACACGGUCGACUUUGCAGGGGGCAAGGCACACCAAGGAAUCUCGCAGAGCGCCGUGAGGGUGUGGACGGCUGUAAGAGGGGAGGUGGAAAAGCAGCUCAGGGAACACAGCGACUACAAGUUGGUGCUGACAGGGCACAGUCUCGGAGCGGGCACGGCGAUCUUGUUGAAGAUUCUUCUGGAGCGAAACGCUAUGGAGGCGUUGAAGGGAGGUUUCAGACUCGCGAAAGACAAGACGGCGGCAAAAACGGCAAGGCUCGACGUCGGCCGCCCGGUGCGCGUGGAGUGCUACGCCUUUGCGCCGCCGCCGGUGUUCUCGGUGCCUGGGGCAACAUGGAUGCGGGACGUGUACUCCUUCGUCAACGGCUUGAUGCAACACCCCCUUUCCCGUGCGAUCGCACGGCGGUGGUUUUGGCGGCGUCACGAUAGGGCUGAUUGCGUUCCAACCAUGAGCCUAGGGUCGCUUUACAGCUUGUGCCGAACGAUCCAACACGUCGACAAGCUCCCGCUGGACGUCUACAAGCGGGCUGAGUUCGUGCUGGACUCUCGGGUGCGCGUUCAGCAGAGCGAGCAAGGGCUUGGGGCGGCGGGGAACGAGGAUGACAGACGCAAGAUCGCAAGCGAUAUCCUGGGACUGCGCGCGCACCCUUCCCUCGCGUUCCUCGCUGGCGACGCCUACGACAUCGCGGACGAUGAGUACGAUGAUGAUGACGACGAAGAGGAAGCAGGAAGCAAGCUCCCUGAGGAGGUCAUCGGCGGCGAACAAGGGGAGGACCAAGGGACGGAAGAGAAGGAAGACAGCACCAGCAUCGGCAGCUACCUCAGCGCCAUCAGGGCGCAAGUCGUUCGGAGCACGAUCUCCAAGUUUGGGCAGGAGUGGGCGAGGUUCACGCAGGACGUGGGGGAGGCUACCGAGAGCCUGCUCGCCGCCGUAAACACGGCGGGAUCCUCGGCGGAAAGCCUCUACAAGGACGUCAGCCGCGUCACGGACGGAGUACGCAGCAUGUCGUCCGACGAGGUCGCCCUGACUCUCUUGCUCCUCAAGCAGCUAGCGACGGGGGGUGGACCCUCCCCUGAUGAGAUGCUCCCCAUGGUCGAGAGAUGCGAACGGGAAGGUGUUAGGCCGAAAGGUGGCAAGCGCCGUUCCUCCGACACGAUGACGGUCGGAGAUCUGAUCAAUCCGGGCGUCGUGUUCUUGUUGGAAGGUUGGGAUGCGGGAAGCGAGUCUUCGGCCGGAAAGGACGGCUUGGUGACGGUGCGGAAGACGAGCUCGGAAGAGCUGGGAGGCAUCCGCCUCAACAGCAGCAUGAUGGCCGACCACGCCAUGGGUGCCUACGAACCCGCAAUACUCGGAGCGGCGCUGAAAUACCGGAAACGAAAGCGCCAAGCGGACAGGAAGGGGCAUUGAUAUUUGAAGAAUGCGCGAUGCGGAAAGUUCCCUCGGAAAGUACACGUGUACUGGCAUCGAGCGUCAGAGGUUCCCCGGAAGAACGUACUUGUAGAUGAUACGGUUCUGGUGAAUACCAGUUGUUUGUUAAAAAAAAAAAAUCGUGUUUCAUGCUUUGGCCGGGCAGUGACGUAAACGGCUAACUUGUAGCGUAGUGGAUAGCUGUGUCCAUCUACAUGUAACAAAAGUACAACCGGCGUGGACGAUUUUUGUGACGCCUUUUUUCCGGGAAAAAGUCUGGGAUACACGCCUGAAAGACGUUAACAGCUGACUUGUAGCUAUAGUGGAUAUGCUUUAUGCUGUACAUCUAACAAAGGUGGGCUCUCUUUUGUUGAACCUAGUGGGGAGGGGAAAGAUUGUAAGAAAUGUGUGUAUGAUACGCAUCUUGUGGUUGAGGAUGGCGAGUUGUUAAGGCUUGGGGUGGUAACAUUUUGGUGCAAUGUUAAGUCGCAGGUGGCCGUCGACAUGACGUGUGGCAUCAAGAGGUUAGGUUGUUUUUGAAGUCAUUUUUUGCCUACAGAUAAUAAUAGUUUUUUGUAAGCUGCUGUUAGCGUACACAGCAUGUGUUAUAUUGUACUGCUGUUGUUGUUCAUCAGUAAUUAAUUCUGAUCAUCAUCGG